CCCACAUUUGUCACAACACAAAAAUCCAAUCUUUAGCCACCUUUUUCUGAGCACCGUUUCGAAAUCCCAGAUACACCCUCACACUCUCCUCCUUUCCUCAGUCAGUUACUCCGUAAUUUCCUCCAACUUGAGUGGCAAGUCACUACCCCUCUUUCAAAUACUCUCCCACCACACCACAGGCCCUCACCACAAACCCCUCCAGAACUCUUACCAUUUUCCGAAUUCCCCAAUCGCCAAUCCCUACUUUCAAGCUCUCCUCCUUUCUUACCCCGAUUUUUGAUCCCAAAAAAGAAAAAAUUACCCAGAAAAAGCUCCAAGUUUUGCAAAAAUGGAGGACUACAUGCGCGGCUGCACGCGGAAGCUGGCGCUCUGGUACACCCGGACCUUCAAGCCCAUCAUGACCCACGACGAGCUCGAGCCGAUCAUGGCGACCCUCGGGUUCGUGGGGCUUCCCCCGUCUUCGUCGUCGUCGGCUGCGACGAAGGAGUACGUGUUCUCUGCAGCCGGAGGGUGGCGGAGCAAGUGGGCUCCCCCGACGGAGGUGCCGCUGCCGAGGCCGAGGCUGCCGUACCCGAGAAUCGAUGGGCUUCACAUCUAUACGUACCGGGCGUUUAUUGACGCCGUUAACUGUUCCCUCGAGAUGAGCGACAUCUCCGAUCUCUUCCAUGUAAGAGGCAUGCCUCUCCAUGAUCUCCAUCGAAUUAGCGACAGAAACCGCAAGUGGCGCAAAAUGGAAGAAGACGACAGUGUGUUUGUUUACAGAGAAGGGACACUGGAUCAAGCAACAUUCAACCUUUAUCACUCUACUAAUAAGAACAUCAGCAACAGCACCGCCAGUAAUAGCGGCAGCAGCGUUACCACCAAUAAUUCUAUUGUCAUUCGGGAGAAGGGGAACAAUACCCCUGUCAGCUGCAUUGUUCCGUUGAAAGAUAUCAUAGUGUGAGCCUCUUACUCCAUCAACAUCAAGGUUGUAACUUGGGAAGAACGUAAACGCAGAAAACCUCACAGUGAUAUUCAUUUUAUAAACCCUAAAGUUUUCCUCCCA